AUGGUUUUCUGGAAUUGUCAGGCGGACAUAGCUGCAAACGAGGAUCAACAACUCACUUUACGUAUCAAAGACAAAGAUAGGAGCGAUAUCCAUAUUACUGCAGUAUAUGCUACUGCCAGAGAGAGAAAGGAUUUUUGGGCUAAUAUUGAAGACAUUAGCAAUGACAUUGCUGGCCCAUGGUGCAUUGGAGGAGAUUUUAAUGUAAUCAUGGACUCAGAAGAGAAGCUGGGGGGCAGACCUCAUCGAGCUCAUAGAAGCGUUGAUUUCACUGCUACUAUGGAAUAUUGUGGUCUUGUGGACUUAGGCUAUUUUGGACCUAGGUUUACUUGGUGCAACAAUCGAAGAACCAACAAAAGAAUUUGGAAAAGGCUCGAUAGUAUUAUAGUUAAUGAUGAAUGGACGCAAAAGUUUCAAAACAAUUAUAUUACGCAUUUAGUAAGGACUGGAUCGGAUCAUCGAUCUCUCUUUAUGAAACGUCACAGUGAGCAGCAAGAAGUGAUUAAAUACUUCAUGUUCCUUAAUAUCUGGGUGCAACAACCAGAUUUUUUAGAGGUAGUCCAGAAUAAUUGA